AUGAACCCCCUCCUGUUAAUAUGCGCCUUGUACCUUUUCGGCUCAAAUAUAGAAGCAAAUUUUGCCUGCUCUUGUUCUACUACAGAGAAGAGAGAUGGCCUGGGGAGUGCGCUGGUGUCCAAGCUGAGGGAGCUGUUCGGGAAGAAGCAGCAAGAAAGGGAGAGGAACAUCAUAACGUAUAAGUUUGUAAAGCAUACAUGUGAAGAAAAAGGUCUAGGGAAAAAUGAAAACAACCAAAACAAACCCGGGUUUGAAGUGUCCCAUGUGAAUAGGCUAAUCUAUAUUAACCACUCGAAGACAUUCAUCUUGAGCGCCUACAUCCCAUACAUAUAUAUGAGUGUGCGGGACAUUUACAUAGUGCUGAACAAAAUAAAGGAGUUAAAUUUUAACACCGUAUAUACCUUUUUGUUUUGGCCUGAAAAUGAAUAUUUGGAAGAUUUCUAUGAUACCUCCAAGUCCAAACUUUUCUACUUGCUGAACUUCUGUGCGUCGAAUGGGCUCUUCGUUAUCUUAGACAUAGGGCCCUACAUAGACAAUAUUUAUAACGCUAAUAUUCCUACGUAUGUUUUGUUCAGCAGGGGGGUGAAUGAGUACAUUAGGGGGGCGUAUGCAGAGGGGGUAAAAAAAGAGAAAAAAAUUGCGGAAAGGGUUGCCGAAAAGAUUGGAGACUACUUCUCCUUUAGCAACGUGUUUGGGAGGGAAAGAAACGUUUUCUUAAAUGAGGACCCCCAAAAUGUGAAGCGAGAACACAUAGAAGACGAAAUAGGCAGGAAGAAGGCCUCCUACGGGAAGGGAGAUCAUACGUACAACAAGGUCUACAGCUUGUAUUAUUUCAAGAGAGCCAUAAAAUGGUUUAACUAUAUCUUACCGCAGCUGAAAAAAUAUGCCAGCGUGAAUAACGGGCCUAUCAUCUACCUGAACAUUGACCACACGUUCGAUAACUACUACAUGUACGUAAUCAUAGAUUUGAAGAGGAGGAAUUAUUUCAGAAAUUUGUGCAAUGUGGAGAGCUAUCUUAAGGGUUCCCAAUCGGAAGGGGCGUCCUUCCUCCAAUGCAUUCUUAACUUCUUCAAACGGGUUAGAAGAAGCUACAUUCUUACGCUAGGGUAUGUCCUCUACGCUAGGUUUAACCAGUAUAUGAGAGUUUUAAAGGAAUACGAAUUGGGGGUGAUGUACAUUAACGAAAUUUACAAGUUGGUGCAAAUGCAUUUCGGAAAAAUGAACACGCUGACGACGAAUUAUCCCUUCAUUAAGGACGAGCUUAUUAACUCCUAUGCGGGGAACAAUUGCUACAAUCAUUUUUUUCAUAACAACUGGUUUGAUAAUGAAUGUGUAAAGUUAAACAAGCCUUGCAUCUGGUCGCAGGUCUGGACCGGUGCCAAAUACAGCAUACAUAAUGUGAACUCGCCGAGCAUUUUGAGGCGCCACUUUCAGGAGCCCAUCGUGUACGACUCCUCCCCGUCGGUGGCUUCCCCCGUCAGCGAGUUGGUAGCGCGCCGGAGCAGGAGUUUUAAGCGCGAAGUAGGAAGGGAAAUAGGGAGCGAAGUAGGGGGGGGAAACGAAGUGAGGGGCGAAGCGGGACCUUCCGCAGACCAAUCGGCGGACCCUUCUGAGGACCCAUUGGAGAACCCUUCUGAAGACCUCGAGGGGAACCCCUCUGAAGACCCCCCGGAGGCCCCCCCCCAAGGGGAAAUCCGCGUGGGCGUGAAAAGAGCCCAGAGCGCAUACAGCAGCAACAACUACAUUGGCCACAUAAGAAACUUCAAAGACCUGACGUACAACAUAUUGGUGUUCCUGGCCAAGGGGGGGGUGUUCCUCAACAUAUUCCCCUUCUACAGUGGCAAUAAUAUAAACAACACGCACACGUACUUGGAGCACUACAGUAAAGAGACGGGGCAGCCGCUGGACCUGUACUUUAACCAGAAGGAACCCCUAUACUCACACAUUAAGAAGAUAUUCAAAAUUCUGUACAAGUAUGGGCACCACUUACUGAAAAGUGAGCACUACAUACGGGCAGUGAAAAUCUCCACGAACAUAGAAAUGUACGACUAUGGCGCUAUUAAGAUCAUUUGCAAUCACAACAUUAAGGGAAGCACCUAUGUGAAGGUUGGGCCCCUGAAUUACAGCAUCAACAGCUUUAGCUGCAUUGUGUAUAAUGAAUAUAAGAAGAAAAUUAUCUACGAUUCUUCCUUCAAUUACAGUUACGAAGUUUCGUUUAUUAACAGAAAGGAGGUGUACCCCCCGAUUGAUAAGUACCUGUACUCCCUAGACGCGGCGGCGGCGGGCCCCUUGAUGUGUCUGAAGGAGGACCGCAAGGAGGGCAUAAAAAGUCGCACAAGGGGAGGGCUACUUCUGAAAAGCGUUGCAAAGCAUAUGAAAAUAUUUUCUAACUUCUUCCCAAACAAUUAUGUACACCAUGUGCACGAAAUUAACGUACUUAACCAUUUUUAUGUGACCCUCGAUUUUACGAAAUUCCAGUGGUACAUAAUUUCGAUGAGAGAUGACGUCAGCUAUGUGAAGCUGUUCCUCAGCAAUUAUAGCUUUUACGUGUAUGUGUAUGCAGACGGUAAGUUUAUUUACAGCGGGUUUAACGAGUACAAGUACAUCGAAUUGGUGAACGCGAAGAAGGUCUACAUUAUUUGCGCAAAUCUGGGUCUGGGCUUCCCAAAGGAGAACAUCAGAACGGACUUCCUCAACCAUAUAAAUGUGAAUGAUUUAAAGAAGGAUUAUUUUUUUUUUCAAGAUGGAGCUAGCCAAAAUGAAAUAAAAAAAAAAAAAAAUAAUACAAAUGAAAGCUCCAAAGUGGACGAACAAAAUGGCUACCUAGCCCUGAACUCACACACACAAUCAGGGAAAAAAAAAAAAAAAAAAAAAAAUAUGAACGGGUCAGGCGAUAACUCACCAAAGGGUGAGCACCAAAAGGGGAGAAAAACAUGUGUGCAAAGCGAUGUGCAGGAAGAAUCAGACAAAGAGGGAACUACAAACAGUACGUCCAAUCAGCGAGGCAGCAUCUUCGACGAUUUGGAGCACACAACGCUGGAUGUGCGUAGCAACCAAAAUGGUUGCAACAGCAUGUACGAUGAAAACGAACGAAGUGUGCACAAUUACUACUCGGGGGAAAGCACCAACACGUUUGUAUUCAUCGUCACGAGGAAUGAAUACGACUUGUACAGCUGUGUUGGUCUGCAUGGGGAGAUAAUCAAAAACGAGAAAAACGUAGAAGUGUACAAGAAAAUGUACAACAUGUUUGACUACACGUGUAUAAAGCCGUAUUUGCUAAACAGGGGGAAAAGAAAAGGGCCAAAGAAGGGGGCAACAUCAAAAAGGGGAAGCGAGAAGGUGGAACACAAAAAUAUGAACUUUGAAACACUGCUGGGUGGUAAAAAAACGGAAAUGAAAAGUUUAACCAAUUCGUUCAUAAACAUGUGUUCCUCUCGAUUUUUCUCCUUUUUUUUUAACAAAAUUAAGUAUUAUUGCAAAACGGGGAUUUUUAAGCAUUUAAACAAAUUCAGCAAGGUGAAUGAGAACAGCGUCAAUUCGCCUUUAACGUGGUACACUUUGCUCUAUUUUGUAAAAAAUGUGGACUACAUAAGAUCAAAAUACUCGCUAAAGCUAUCUGCUUACGAUGAAAAGCUGAACGAAAUUGACGGGCUGAGUCGCGGGUUUGUCUACAUCAACAACCACAUGUUGGGCAGCUUCUGGAUAACGGACGAUAAGGAAAGCUACGAAAAUGAAAUAAAUGAAGAGAAAAAAUUAAAAAAAAGAAAAAAAAUGAAAAAGGAAAAAAAAGCCAAAUUUGCAACGAAUGAAAAUUUAAUUAGUAUCCCACUGACACGGUACAUGCGCAUACCAACUGAUUGGCUCAUCGAAGGAAUCAACGUCGUCAUCGUGUUUGACGAAUUUGGGGGAAACCCCUACAAAGUCGAAAUCGUUCGCGAAGUGCUACAAGGGGGGGUAUACCGGCUGACCAAGAAGGAGAAGUAUGUCAACUGGGUUUUGUUCCUCUUCAUUUUGAGCAUUGUCAUCUUCAUUACGUACUUUUGCCUCAAGGCCCUGCACAACUAUUUUAAAAUUAAGGAGGAGAAGGAGAGGAACAAGCAGAAUUACCAAAACAUUAUCGAAAAUAUCAUUACGCAUAAUAUUUACGUGAACAGCUCGUACGAUGACGCCACGGAGGAAACGGCGUCUGAGGACAUUCAGAAUGUCAGCGAGUUUUUGGACUCCUGA